AUGAGGAGCGACGGGAUCUUGGGAGCCGGAGGAGGAGGAGGUUCAGAUCAGAAUCGAGCAACAGCAGUCGUGGCGAGUAGAAGAAGAUGGCUAAAGAGGAGAGAAACAUGGCUCGUCCUUCUGGGAGUCGCACUUCACGCCGUAUACAUGCUCAGUAUUUUCGACAUUUACUUCAAAACUCCGAUAGUCCACGGCAUGGAUCCAGUGCCUCCCAAAUUCUCUCAGCCGCCCGCCAAGCGUCUCAUUCUUCUCAUCUCGGAUGGAUUACGAGCUGACAAGUUCUACGAGCCUGACGUUGACGGCAAUUACAGAGCACCCUUCUUGAGGAAUAUCAUCAAGAAUCAGGGUCGUUGGGGUGUCUCUCACGCUCGUCCUCCCACUGAGUCUCGACCUGGCCAUGUUGCCAUCAUCGCUGGCUUCUAUGAAGACCCCAGUGCCGUCACCAAAGGAUGGAAAGCCAACCCCGUUGAGUUUGACUCUGUCUUCAACCAGAGCAGGCACACCUUUGCUUAUGGUAGUCCAGAUAUUAUCCCUAUUUUCUGCAGUGCUUUGCCUCACUCCACCUGGAACUCUUAUCCCCACGAAUAUGAAGACUUCGCUACAGAUGCUUCCUUUUUGGACGAGUGGUCUUUUGAUCAAUUUGAGAGCCUUCUCAAUAGGUCUCACCAUGAUCCUAAGCUGAAAGAGCUUCUCCACCAGGACAAACUUGUUUUCUUUCUCCACCUUCUUGGUUGCGAUUCCAAUGGUCAUGCCCAUCGCCCUUUCUCGUCCAUCUAUCUUAACAAUGUCAAAGUUGUUGAUAAGAUUGCUGAAAGAGUCUACCAUCUCUUGGAGGAUUAUUACAGAGACAACCGCACUUCUUAUAUCUUUACUGCUGAUCAUGGGAUGAGCGACAAAGGAAGUCAUGGAGAUGGCCAUCCUACUAAUACUGAUACUCCCUUGGUUGCUUGGGGUGCUGGGAUUAAAUAUCCCAGACCAGCUACUGGACACAGUCACUCUGAUUCUGUUACUAGCUUUGUCGACAAGCACGCUCAUGAUAUGCCCACUCCUUAUGAUUGGGGCCUUAAUCGUGUUGAGAGAGUUGAUGUCAACCAAGCUGACAUUGCACCACUUAUGUCAACGCUCGUGGGUUUGCCAUGCCCAGUGAACUCAGUUGGAAACCUACCACUUGGUUACAUGAAGUUGAAUGAGGCAGAAGAAGUUGAAGCUGUUCUAGCUAAUACCAAACAAAUCCUUAAUCAGCUUCUUCGUAAAUCACAUAUAAAAAUGUCAAAUUCCUUAUUUUUCAAGCCAUUCAAGCCGUUGGUCGACCCUUCCUCAUCGCUGAGUCAGAUUGAUGAGUUAAUUUCUGCCAAACGUUAUGAAGCUGCAAUGAAAUUGGCUGUAGAUCUCAGACACUUAUCACUAGAGGGCCUUCAUUACUUUCAAACGUAUGACUGGCUAAUGCUUAUGACUGUUAUUACCCUUGGCUACACUGGAUGGAUGAUCGUACUUGCCCUGCAUGUCCUGCAAUGCUAUAGUUCACUAUCAGGAGAUUUGUCCAGGAAAGGGCAUUUAUCUGUGCAGAAAAAACACUCCACAAAAGUUUAUCUAUCAGGCAGUAUGCUUAUGGCAAUUCUCACUUUGCUAAAUUUGAUCGAGCACUCUCCCCCUCUGUACCAUGCAUAUAUUGGAAUGACAGUAUUUCUGUGGACACAGAUUUUAAGUGAAUAUCGAUUAAUAAGAGGACUGUGGAUAUAUUUGAGGGAAAGGAAGGCUGGCUACUUCAUCAAACUUCUAUUUGCCGCAGCUGUGUCGGUUGUCAUUGUGGAAUUAUUGGUCCAUAGCUUCACUGAGAGAAAGCUUUACACUUGGUUUUUCUUGAUAGCAGGUUUUGUGUCUUCGAUUUUGCUGCACAUUUCAAUUCCUUGGAGAUCUGGGAUACCAGUUUUUGUGUGUAUUUCUUGUUGGUUCCUGUCUGUCUUCACUCUGAUGCCAGCGGAAAUUCCUGAUAAUAAUAACCUAGUGGUUAUGAGUGGAGCUAUCAUCAUAGUAAUAAGCCUUGCUGCAAAGUGGCUAGACACACAUGCCGAAGGGAAUAAAUUUUGGGAAAGUAUCACUUUUCAUGAAAGCAGGAAGCCGAUGUGGUCCAAACUAUAUUUCAUACAGAUUAUUUUGGUUGGAGCUUCGUCGGUGAUGGUGUUUCUGUCAACAAAGCACCGAACACAGAAUCAAGAACUACAUUCGUCACACCAGUUCAUAAACUGGUUAGUUGCCGGUUCUUCGAUGGUUCUUCCGUUGUUUUCAGGAAAUGGCAUCCUGUCACGUUUAAGUUCAAUAUUUCUUGGUUUUGCGCCUCCGUUUCUUCUUCUGUCUAUUGGAUAUGAAGCUGUCUUUUACAGUGCUCUUGCCGUUGUGCUUAUGGCAUGGAUAUUAUUUGAGAACGCUUCUCAUUAUUCUAGCAAAGUAAAAGAUUCAUCUCUAUCAGAACAAAACACAGAGGAACAUGUAACUAUUGGAAGUGAGGAGAGAUACUUGCAGCUAUCAGAUGUGCGGAUUCCUUUGAUUUUUAUGGUUUUGUUCAAUGUGGCUUUCUUUGGAACUGGGAAUUUUGCGAGUAUAGCAAGUUUUGAGAUAUCAUCCGUAUAUCGGUUCAUCACAAUCUUCAGCCCCUUUCUGAUGGCAGCACUUCUUAUAUUCAAGCUCUUCAUACCGUUCAUGCUUGUCAUAUGUGCGUUCAGUGCAAUAACGAAAUUAGUGAGAGUGCCAAGACUGGGAUGUUACUUCCUUGUGAUCUUAUUUUCAGACAUAAUGACGAUACAUUUCUUCUUCCUGGUGAAAAACACAGGAAGCUGGAUGGAAAUAGGGAAUAGUAUAAGCCAUUUCGGGAUAGUGAGUGCUCAAGUGGUCUUUGUGCUUUUACUCUUUGCGCUCACGAACCUCUACACCAGAACCAUCCGAGUUAAGCCGCUCUCUUCCUCCCCUUCUCUCAAAACUCUCUGA